AUGAACCCCCUUCGACUGGCCGCAAUUGCGUCGACUGUGGCACUGGCCGCUGCCGAGUGGGCGAUCAAGGACGCGAAACUCACCGUGUCUGCCCGGGGCACUGAACUCGUGUCCCUGCCAUUCACCAACGAGGCUGUUGAUGCCGUUGUGCCUCCUGAGGCGAGCCUCGACAUUGUCUUCUUCACCACAAACAAUGGCAAAUCCGCCGUGCCCCACCAGAGCAUGGUGAUCAUUGCCGACGAAGAGAGUGGCCUGGAGGCAAGUUACCCCGUGCUUGUGCGACCCAACGGACGAGCCAAGUUUGCCAUCCCUCACUCCCGUCUCCCACAGGCCCUGGUAGCUGCCCAACGACCCCUCGACGUUAAGGUAAUUCUGGGAUCUUUCGACACAAAGGGAUCCGAGACUGUUGUUGCUCGAAUCUCCCCUGAGGCUUCCGAGGAAUCCAAGAAGUACAAGAAGGCUGUGCGACACGCAACUAAGCCCGAGAUCAAGCACGUGUUCCGACCCGCUGCCCGGCAGGUCAACGCAUCCGUCGCCACCAUCUUCUCCGCUGGUGCCGUGGCCAUCUUCGGUGCUCUGCUGGUCGCCUGGACUGCUCUCAUUGGCCCUACUACCCUCCUUGGCCAGGCAUCCGGAGCUCUCAAGGCUGCCCCUCUGGGUUAUAUCGGCCUCCUGGGUUCUCUGGUCGCCUUUGAGCUCGUUUUUGUGUCCUACUUCAUCGAGACCUCAAUUUUCACCACGCUGGGAGCGGUCUCUCUCAUCACACCUGUGGCUGUGGUUUCAGGUGUGUCUGCUCUGAGAGAGCUACACGAGAGACGGAUCACCGGACAGAGAGAGUAA